UCAAUCAUUUUUACAGGCUUAAACAUCUCAAGCAACUCAAAAGUGUGUGGAAGUAAAGUCCGUUUUUCCCUGGACCAUCAAAAGCAAAAUGGAUGCCGACAAGAUAGCAAAAUAUGAAGAGUUUCUCAAUGAUGUCCUCAAGCAAGACCUAAAGACUUUGCUCGAUCAUCGUGAUGCAGUUUAUGAAGAUAUUGCCCAUCAUCUCGAACUGAGAAACACUAUCAACACUCUGCAGAAGGCCCAGGCUGACAAAAAGCCGCUGAAGACAAAGGUGGACCUCGGCUGCAACUUUUACUGCUCUGCUAAAGUGGAUGACCCGUCGCGAAUUUUCGUCCGCAUCGGGUUCGGCUUUUACCUGGAGAUGACGCUGUCGGAGGCACUGGAGCACGUGGCGCGCCGAGUCUCCACACUCGAGGAGCGCGCCAAAAGUCUCGGCCGGGACGCGGUGGCUGUGCGCGCCAAAAUUGACAUGGUGCUGGAGGCGCUACGAGAGCUGCAGGGCAUUCAGCGAGCGCCCGAGGCGGCCCGGUGACGGCGGAACAACCGGUCAGAGGAGGGGGAGAGGGAACUGCUAGCUGGAUUUGAUGUCACGGGGGGGGGGGCAUGAAUAUUUUAGUGUUGAAUACAUGCGAUAUCAUUUUGUUA